CGGCGCGUGACCUGAACACGGAAGCUGUCACAAUAAGCUGAAAAGACGCACAAAACUCAACAGGAACGCUUCUGCACACAUUUACAAUAUUUUUUGGUUAUCCGUGUUUAUCUUAGUGCGAGGUAAGUCAUGGCGGCAAAGGACUCCAGCUUUCUGGGAAGCAGGAUACCACCAGAGAUUGAGUCAAUGUCGAAAAACCUGAAGGAUGUGGAUCACGAGAUGUUCAGAAAAAUCCUGAAAGCUGUGGUCAGUGCUCUGGAGGGGAAGGACUCCAGAGAAGUAAUGAAGGCCAUCGCAGAGAGCAGCGCCAUCCCACAGGAGAGACUCAGCUACAUCAUAUCUGGGAUGUACAGAGUCCUGUCCGAGGCCAUCCGUAUCCCCACAUCAUCACUCAAGCAGGAGGCCUUCAAAGAAGAUCUCAGAGAAUUAAGAAUACCUGAGGACUUUAUUACGGAUUUCUCAAGUGUGGUUUUUGGAAAUCGUCGUGCAGCACUUGAGGCAGCUUCCUCCCAGAAAGAUCCUCACCUACCAACAGUAGAGGAUUUAAAAUGGAGAGUGGAUGUUGCCAUUUCCACAAGCUCUUUAGCCAGAGCCCUGCAGCCUUCUGUUCUCAUGCAGAUGAAACUGUCAGAUGGGACUUUUCACCGCUUUGAGGUGCCCGUGUCAAAGUUCCAGGAGCUCCGCUACAACGUGGCUUUGAUUCUCAAAGAGAUGAACGAUCUGGAGAAGAGGAGCAUUCUCAAAAUCCAAGACUGACAUGUAAGAACUUUGGAUGAUUAAGUGCACACAGGACAACAUUCAUUCACCAAGUAAAAGUGUGUUUGAAAUGAUGAUAAUAAUUUGUCCGUCACUAUGUUAUUCUUUAAGAGUGUUGGCAUCCAACAAUGUGCAUCUGUUUUCAGUGUCAAAUGAUAUGAAGAGAACAGGAGGGACAGUCUAUAGGACUAAAGAUAAGACUCUGUCCUGACUGUGUCUCAGCCUCCAUUUCACUUACUCUGUACUUACAGUAUUAAAAAAAAGCUCCACUGUGUGAAAAGCACAAGUGAAGUCCUUGAUACUCUGUCACUAAGUGGCCACUUAGAUUGGUGUCAGUGUGAUCUGUGCGUGAGACUGGACAUUUUGUUCACAUGCUGCUGAAUUAUGAGAAUUUUCAUGAAUGAGCAAAGAUUGUUUUUCAACUUGUGUCUUUUAUACCUGUUCUUUAUAAUAACAUCAGAUAAAAAAAGUGAAAUGAUAACUUUUUUUCUUAUUUUUUCUUAUUUUGUCAUGUGAACACAUCUCAAAUAAAACCUGUCAUUGUUUUUGCAAAGAAUAGAUUGUUUGGUCAGAGAAUGAAUCUCAUUGCCUUUAGUGGUGAUGUUCACAUUUGUAGUUUUUGGGUGAAAAACAUUCCAUGGUUUGUCAUUAAUAUACUGCAGAUAUUUAAAUGUCCCCCAGAAUGAACAGAAUCAGUGAAUGGUGACUUUUCAUAAGAGGAACGGCUGGUCCAAAUUCUCCAUUGCUUUAGUUUGUGAGGAAACUGAGUUAUAACAUAUAAUGUUUCCAAUACAAUACCUUCUGUUCCUUAUUUUGUGUCAAUUAUACAAUUCGCUAAAUAUCUUGUUGAAAAAGCAGGAUGCUUGCAAAAAAGGCUAAAGGUCUUUUAAAAUACAGACAUUUCUCGCCAAAGGACAUCUCUCCAUUCCCCCUCUUGUCACUGAAAGUUAUUUUUUCUGAAUUGAAGUAUUGUUUUCAGAAGAAUUUAAAUACAAAGUCUUUGUGACAUUGUUUUAAAGUAGGAUGCUACUGUAAGACAUCCUCCUGUGGCCUUUUUGUUUUGUUUUUCCACACCAAUACGACUAAUGCAUUAGAGGGUGUAGUAACAGUUUGUUCCAACACUGUCUUUGUACCAAUAGAAGGCUUGUGAGUCAUGAACAAAAGUAGGGACGGUUCAAUUCAGAGCUUUACUGUCCCUCAUCUGUGGGACGUUAAUGUUCCAUCCUUUAUUUGCUUGCGUAUCUAUGCGUUACUUUAAUUCCGAAAAAGACUUGUUUUCUAUGAAGUUCAUGUGAUUUUUCACUUUUUGACCUUAAAAACUGCUUCACUGUCAAUAAAACCUUGAAGAAUGUU